AUGUUUACCACCCAGGCCAGUUUUCGAUCUGGUACAUAUGGUUCAAAUGGAACGAAACAAACACAUGAUUUCAGCAGACAACAACAAAUUGAUAGUGGAACUACACAAGAAAAUUCUGCACCUCUCAGUAUUUCAGUUGGAUCUGUAGCAGCAAAUAUUGGAGCCAGUUCUUCGUCAUCAAAAUCAAAAAAUAAUUGUAACACUAGUCCAAAUAAUUUAGCAUGCCUAACAAGAAGACUCGGCUCAACUAGGAGUAUUGAUAAUAAUGAAAGUCCAGAAGAACGUGAAAGACGAGAAAAAGAUCGACGCGCGGUCAAUAAUGCGAGAGAAAGACUUCGUGUACGAGAUACCAAUGACGCUUUUGAAGCACUUGGUAGAAUGUGCUCAAUCCAUAUGAGAAAUGAUAAACCCAUUACGAAACUUGGAAUUUUACAACAGGCUGUUAAUUUCAUUACGUCUCUUGAACAACAAGUCCGAGAACGUAAUUUGAAUCACAAAGCAGCUUGUUUAAGACGACGUGAAGAAGAAAAAGAAGAUUUAAAUAGAAGUAAUGGUGGUAUAAAUAUUAGUGCACAAUCACUUAUUUCAUCAUUACCAUCUUUUGAUAAUAAUACACACAUUAUUGAUCCCAUGCAUCAUUCUAUACCUUAA